CUCAAUGCAGCAUCCCUCCUGCCGCCUGAAUUAGUAAUCCCAGCCUCAAUGUGUCGAUUUCCGGCCUGUAUCCUCUCCUUCGAGUCAUCCCCGGUUCACCAAGCAACCGCAUGUUAUGAAAUUUUCCUUGAGCGGAGGCGGACUGUUCGGCAACCGCUGCCUCCCCAACGCCCACACCCAUCAGAUAAAGGUCCGCCCGGCUGCCAAGCUCCGCCCGACCCAGCAUAUAAAGCAACCCUCGUACUAUCCCUCCCCAUUCGUAGACCUUCCCCUCAUAGACCAUAGACCCCUCGCGCCGCAAUGUCACCUUCUAUAGAUAUUCACACCUCCCAGCCCGCACCCGCCUCUACGCAUGCGCCUGUGAAGGCUGCGGCCCCUACGCUGAGCGCAGAGGAGGCGUUGCGCGCGAAGUUUAUGCACCUCGAGCAUCACAUCAACAGUCUGAGCCGGCAACGCGCGCCGAGUCCUCUGAAGGACAUCCUCCAGUUCAUGCGCUUGGAUGGCAUGAUCAGUCUUGCUGGAGGUCUCCCUCAUCCGAGUCUGUUCCCCUUCGACUCGGUCCAUGUCUCGACGUAUGACUCUUCGAUGCGUAUGGCUGAGAACCCUACCGACAUUGCCAAGGUAGACGUCUGCGUCGAAAAGCAGCCCGGUCACAGCACCGACCUCGCCACAGCCCUUCAGUACGGCCCGUUCAAUGGCAUCAAGCCACUCAUGGACUGGAUGACGACGUUCAUUGAGCGCGCCUUCCACCCUGGAUACCCCGAGUGGCAAAUCAUCAUGGACAGCGGCAGCACAGACGGCUGGGCCAAGGUUGCCAACCUCCUGCUUGAAGACGGCGACACGAUGCUCGUCGAGCAGCACACCUACCCGUCAGGACAGGCUCUUUGGAUACCCAUGGGCGUCACCGCGGUUCCCAUUGACAUGGACCUGGACGGCUUGAUCCCCGAAGCGCUUGCGCGGACUUUGGACACGUGGGAAGCAGAACGCCCACAACAGCGUAAGCCCAAGGUCCUCUACUGUGUUCCUGUCGGUCAGAACCCGACUGGCUCUACCCUGACCGCUGCGCGCAAGCAGGCAAUCUACGACAUCUGCGUCCGACAUGACAUCGUCAUCGUCGAAGACGACCCAUACUACUUCCUGCAGCUCCCUACCUACCGUCCCAACAGCAAGCACGCCCUUCCUCCCCCAUCCGACCCCUCCGCCUUCCUCGCCGAGUUGGUGCCCCCCUUCCUUCACUACGACCGCGACGGGCGCGUCAUCCGCCUCGAGACCGUCAGCAAGACCGUCGCUCCCGGCUUCCGCACCGGCUUCAUCAUUUGCAACCCACUCUUCCACGAGCGCCUCGCGCGCGCGACGGAGGUCACCACCCAGGCACCCUCCGGCUGGUCGCAGGCCAUCCUCUGCGAGCUCCUCCACACCUGGGGGCACGACGGCUACAUCCGCUGGCUCGCGGGCAUCCGCGAGACGUACGCUGUGCGCCGUGACUGGAUCUGCGACAGCAUCGCGUCGCACUUCGACGUCGAUUGGGACGAUGUGACCGCGGAUGGUGUCGCUGUGUACGCGCAGAACAGUAAUCGGGCGAACCUGUUGUUCCGCUUCGUCCCGCCUGCGGCGGGCAUGUUCGUCUGGCUCAAGCUCGAUCUUAGCAGCCACCCCACGUAUCGCCGGCUAUGCGCGGCGGGCGCCCCCGCGGCCGAGGAUGCAUGGGCAGCGGCUUUCUGGCGCGAGCUCGUCGCGGCGCGUGUGCUUCUGACGCCGGGCACGUACUACAAGCCGUGGCAGGGGACUUCGGUUGCAGACGCGCCGGCCGCGCCUGGACAUGCAUUCUUCCGACUCGCCUUCUCCAGCACACCUCGGGAGGAGCUGGACGAGGGCAUCCGCCGCAUGGCGGACGUCUUCAGCGCGAGCUGGGCGUCAGCUUAGAAUGCGAAAACUGGGGUGGCGCCUUAGUAAACUGAGUACCGUCUGCCACCAGCGACUGUGAGGUAUGGACUCGCAACCCUCAGAUAUCCGUGUAUUAUCAUUAUUGUCAUGCAAGUCUUGUAUUCGUUAGAUAUAUCUAGAGUGCCCUAUACACAGGUUGACUUUCCGAU